UAUCUUCUGUAACACUUUUCUACAGACUUUAUGUAUAAUUUCAUAAAUAUGUGUAUUCCAUACACAAAAAUGUCUCCUUGUGAUUGGUGCGUUCGAUGUCAUCCUCUCAGCGGUAGUUAGUGGUGCUCAAAGCUUGACUGCGCCUCCAUUUCGGUCGAAGUGUGUGGAAAAACUGGGGAAGAGGAACUGCGCUCACCGAUUAAGAAUGCCGUUCUACAGCCCACUCAAUACGAAAUAACAUACGAAAUUUGCCGGGUAGUUAGGAGUUAACAGUAUGACACCAGUAUGGUUCGGUACGAACAUGUAAAUUCAAGUAUUUCUUGAUUAAUAUUUCUCAUUGCUAGAGUUACUUCACAUCUGCUUACGGCAUAACCACAGCCUGAAAUGGAAGCAGAAAUCGGCCCCACAGUUGUUAAAGAAGUUUUGAAGGUUGCCACUAGCCUGAAUUUGUGGAUUCGGAAGGUGACAGAAAUUGUAGUGUACUCGCGCUGCUUAGUGGUCCAGUUUGACUCCGACAUUGAGGCAGCUGGCGCUGUUCAGUGUGAAAAUGGGGCGUUACUGUUCGGUACAAAAGUUUCUGUGAAACACAUGGAAGCUAGCGACUUAAAGGCUCUACGCCGAGCCGGACCACCAAUCGAUCGGUUUCCUUCUCAUUCUCAACGACAUUCGGGAUCCACUUCAGAUCGUGAUCGUGACAAGGAAAGAGGUCGUAUUUCUUCACGUCGUGAUCAAUUCCGUGAUAGGAGUAGAACUCCAGAUACCAAGCGUCCCCGUGAUGUCUCACCUCGUCGACAUUCAAGAUCACCAGUUAAAUCGCGCAAUGAUCGCCGCACGGUUCAUCCACUAAAUUGGUUAUCAGAAGUUGCAGAACGAGAUAAUAAGCUUAAUGGAUCUAGUCUUCUUGGCUCCGCUGCUGUACCAAUUGAGAAGCCUGUUGUUAAAUCACCUCCAUAUCUGGUUGCAAUAAUAACCGUUCAACACUAUCUCGUUCCUUAUGCAGAAAUUAUUGAACAACGUAUCACUAAGACUUUAAAUCCAUCAGGAGGUCCUCCUAUCACGCAUAUUGUUGUCCUGUUGUCUGCUGAUCAUCUUCAACCAUGCUUAGCAGAUCUUACCAAAGACGGUGUUCCAUUUGCAAUUACUUGCACCAUGCCUAACAAGUCUCAUAAUUCGUGCUCAUUGCGUAUUCUCUACACACCAACUCAACAUGAACAUCGCAAUAUGCCUUUGGACGGUGCUAUGUCAUUACUUCAUCGAGAAUAUACUGCAUAUAUGACGAAGAUUACGAGUGAGGAAAAAACUGAUCCUCCAGAAGAUGCCAAUUUCCUGCCCCCUAGUCGACACUUAGCAUCCCUUCUCCGUAUGUUGGCUGAUUCUCGUGUCCUAAGUAUCGGAGAGUUGGACGAAAUCUCUGCCUUUGUCCUAGAACGAAAGCGUCGUCUAGAAGGUCAUCAAACUGCUGUUGCCAGCAAUGAGAAUACAGCUGAGCUCAAAUCAAGAAUUUUAAGCAUGCUCUAUCCUCAGCCUGCUACGUCUACUGCACCUGCAGUCACUUCUUCCGCCGUAUCAGCUAAUAUUACUCCUCAAACAUCAACAAUAACAACCACAAGUAUUGGGAAUAAAUUGGCUGAAAAUUUAAGUAAUCCUGUUGUGCAGAAAGCUAUAGACACGUUAAUGUCAUAUCCCACAAAUUCUGCUUCUUGUGAUUCAAAUCAGAAAACAUCUGGUACCACAGAUAUACAGGGUGUACCAUCAAAGAACACUCUCCGAAACAAUAUGAAAAUGCAAUCUUCAACAGCCACUGGUCCAUAUCCACCGAAUAUGAAGCAAAACAGUUGGACCUAUGAAGACGGUUCUAGUUAUCGUUCUGGUAGACCACUUAUGCCGAAUGAAUUCGAUCAGAGCAUACCGUAUGGACAGCAUACAAGGCCGAAUGCUGCAUACAUGUCACAUGAGUACCCUGGUGAAGAAUCAAGAAAGGGUCCCGGUUUUACUGAUUCCAGAGGUCUAAGAGGUGCAUAUAGUUCUGAAUACGAAAUUCAAGGUAAAGUACCAGAAUCAAAUGGUGAAUGUGCAGAAGAAACUUAUCCUGGUUGGCCUAGACAGAGACGAAAUAAACGAGGUGGUAAAGUGGCACCAGCUGAUUCAUAUCAGUAUCUUGAUCCGAAAAACUAUGCACAUCAGAGUGUUGAUCAACCAACUCAACAGCCUGCUGAUCUCAUGUCCACUGAAGUUUACCCACUCGGUAAUGUUGCAGAGGCAUAUAAUUAUUCGCAAGCUCCCUCGUUGCUCGGUCCAGGUGUCCGUGGAAGAUCUCAAAGAAUGACUGGCGGCAAUUCAGCCUAUAACAAUUACAAUUAUCAAGCAUUUGGACCACAACAACCGAAUAGUAUGAAUCCUUAUCAGCAGCAGCAGCAACAAUCUUAUGGUUAUACUAACCCAUCUUCAUUUUAUUAGCAUUUCUACGUUCAUUUCCCAUGAUUACAUCAGUUUUCCAUAAAUAUUAUGUCCAGGAGUACAGCUGUGCUUCUGGUCACUGUUUCUCAUCUCUUGCGCAGACUGUUCUGAAAAAGAAAAAAAUAUAGGUGACCUUUAUGAAUUUGUGGUUUUUUUUCCUAAUUGAUAAAAGGAUUCCUUGUAUAAAGUGUUUGUUUUCAUCAUCCUGUGCUGUUGAUUAAAAUCAUUUUCAACCUAAAAAAAAUAAUUUAUUCGCAAUAAAAAUUUGUUUUGUUAUAUUCAAAAUGUGUUCAGAUGAAACAUACUGUAGAAGUGAAUUUCUCUUCCUAUGCACUUAUCAUCCCGCUGCAUUAUAACUGACAACUGACUCAGUACAGUCAUAGUUCGUCUUCAGUGUUCUGCUAUGAAAAGUUGGAUAGCAUUAUUAAUAUGACUUUUGUACUCAUCUCGGGACCUUAUUAUUAUUAUUUACUUUUUAGGGGGUAUGUUUUAUUAAUUGGUCUCUACUGUCUACAUGGUUCAAUAUUACUACUACUUUCUUUAUGAUAGUUUACCUUUGUAAUGUUUCUUUCGUUUGCUGUAAACAUUUCUAUUGUCAUUGUUCAAAGUACUUGUGAAAGCAGAAAAAGAAAUAUUGUCUAACUUGAAGAAACUUAAAAUGCCUUCAUGGAUAACUAACUCCUUCAAUCUCAGGAUACAGUGUUGUUUUUACUACUACGUUUGAGUGUCUCUAAACAAAAGCCCUCGAGUAAACUCUAUUAUCUUGAGGAAAUAAGGUGUUGUAACACUUUCAAGUGAACACUGAAAGCUGUUGGUUGAGGUUGUUGCCUACUGUUAACGGCCCAGGAAUAACCAAAGCUAAUCAUUAUUUAACUAGUCUUUCUGUGGAGCAACAUUUAAGCGGCUUUUCAUUUGGAAGUUUCUGUUGUAGAAAUGUGGGCGAAACAAUUAGAUUUUGAGCUGUAUAUCACUUGACUACCAUCAUAUAUCAGGAGUUAGCUUAAAUCUUAAUACACAUCUAAUUCUCAAAUCAUUCUCACCGUUUUUUCGAUAUAUAGCAAUCACUGGAAUCCUUGAUAUGGGUUUCGUUCGAGUUAGGAGUGUGUUAGCCGGAUUCUACUUGCAUCUUAGUAAGUGUUCGUAUUGUCUCUGAGUCUAGAACCCUAGCUCCCAUCGUUUCGCAUGUCAAAGUGUUGUUGACUAUAGAAGGAAGCUCGUAAACCCCACCUCUUGACGUGACCACUGAUCAUCAGCUGUCAAUCUCUCAUUAAUUUCACACUUCUUGAGAGUGCGACUUACAAACUUGAUCGCUUGUAUUACAGCCUACUACAUGGAAUUUAUCUGUCCCGGGUAAAUGAGUAUUCUAACAAACUGACUUAGCUGGAAUUCAUGGACCAUUAGAUUGGAUCCCAGUGGCUUCACUUGAAACUCUACGAGCUCUCGCCUUGUGAUGGUAAGUUUGCGCUUCAGUGGUUGCGAACUGUAUAGGAGUCCCAAACUGGGAUGUAACAGCUGUCCAGUACUCCCUAACUGGUUUUCCAAUGGUUCUCUAACCGAAUUCAGUCCAUGGUAUCGAUGUUCAGCCUGUUGUAUUUGGGCUACCGGUAUCACAUUCUGAAAAUUCCAUACUUGUGCCAAAAUGCUGUGUGGAAUCCAGCUAUAACCAAAAAGAAAUGAUGAAAUCUUGAAACUGACUUAGAGUUGUUGGUUGUUAGCGAGCCAUGCAGUCUCCUGAUCUUCUGUACUGCUCUGUGUAUAAUAUGGUUGACUGUUUAAUUAUCGCAUUAUUACUUGUUAAAGAGAUCCUGUGGUAGACUGUACACGAGGGGCAUAGCUUCUGAAAUAAACUACAAGAAGAUUCAUUUUCGGCGAUUCACCUAUCUCCGGGCGUUUUGUUGGAUAUGAUAAAAUGUCUAUAUGGGCCAACUAAUUUUCUUUUACGAGUAAUCCAUUCAGUUUUACAUGAAUUCUAAUGGUGUUGCAAAAUCCAUUUAUUUAUUCUACCUCACGAUAGCAGCAUUCUUUCGAAAAACUCUAUAUUCAAAUACUGUGCAACAGGUGAACACAAUUUUAAAAAAAUGAAUUCUCUUUCUGAUGACCUGUUCUUCAUCUUCAGGUUUUACAGUGUGUAUGUACAAUUUCUAAUAUUACAAAUUCAUGAUGUAUAUGUGCGUAAAUAGAUUAUUGGUUAUAGAAGUGAGGUGAAAACACGUGCAUAUAUGUGAUUAUAUGCAAAGCAAAUGAUCAUGUCUAACACUUAAUAUACUAGUCGUGAGUGUUCGUCCGUGGUUAAUGUUUAAAUUGAGCUUCUGUUAUUUGAUCUGAUUAUAAACUGCUUAUAAAUGAUUGAUAACAUUAAAAACAGUGAUUGGCAACAACGUGUGAGAGGUGAACUAAGAAAAAACACGUAAUAACAAGAGUAAAGCAUGGGAAGGAUUUAACGCAAACAGAAAGCAGGAGAAGAAGACUACACCCGGCAGGUAUGGUGUAAUACAGUAUCUAUGGAUUUUUCGAUACUUCGGCAAACCAGGGUAGAAACAAGGGCUGAACUUGUUUCUUGUGUACACAAAAUUGUGGCUAUUUUAAUUGGACUGCUGACUUCUGAUGUUUGGAGUAUUCGACACCUGGUGGCGUUCAACAGUUAUCUUAUGAAAGCUAGAACUUCGAGUGAAAAUAAACAAGUUCGGCUUACUAUUGUUACCUUGGCAAGCUGUGAAGUGUAUAUCAACACAUAGACGCGUCAUAGGUGUCACACUUAAAAAGUGUGACUUAUCCAACAAUUUCAAUUCUAGCAGUGAGAGAAUAUCUCCAAAUUAAGCGUGAAAUUUAAUGGCUUAUUGAUAUCUUGCUCAUUUGAAGCUUCAGUCCUUAGUGUGAGUGUACAGUGUGGCGGAGUCUCUUUCGAACUCAGACAAAACAGACGUCCAGUAUUCUUUAGUGCGUAUUGAUUCUCUAACUAAAAUUAAUUCGUAAUGAAAUUCAUCCUGAAUUCCCACUCUCAUCAUCUAUCCAAAGGUAUACCGAAUUUCGAAACACUGUAGAAGCAGAGAAGUACAGAUCUGUGGAAAUAUUUCUGACCUAACAAGUCUUCGAUUGAAGUUUAAUCCAGUAAUUACUUUACUCUAAAUGCUAUGAUUGAGCGAGUGAGAUUGCAGUCGAUUAUGAUAAUGGCUUGUAUGAUUAUCUAACCCGGUAACCUGACUGACUGUUCAAGGAUUCUGCUUUUAUACAAAUCCUCAAUGGUAAUGAUAGUUUUCUACAAACUCAACAAUUAUCCGUGAUUACUUGUAGAAUAUACAUUCCUAUAUAAGGAGUUUAAUGAAAACUAGUUAGUGUAUGGAAUACGUUACCUUUUCACAAUGCCUCACUACUUCCUUUUUGUCAAAGAUUGCACAACCUCUUGGCGCGAAGUGAAAUUUUAUUCUGGGAUACUCAUUGUAGCUGGAAUGACUGUUUUCUUUUUGGAAGGGAUGCUUACACAUGGGUUUCACGAAUUAGCUAACUCAUGUCUAUCGAAUUAGCACCACACUUAUUUGCCAACCCACUUUGUUUUAUACUAACAGUCUUGUGUCAAGCCUAUUCUGUAAAGGUAGCUUUAUGUUGUCGUUUGUAUAAAUUCAUUUUGCAUAAAUCUUUGAUUUAUGUCGAUGGUUCAAGUGUGGAAUGUCCACCAGUCAUGCAUCUAUUUCCUGGCUUACCCACUUUUAAACCUCGCCUAGUUUACUAGCUGAUAGUCAUCCAGGAGAGGAAAGAGGGUUAGGUGUGUUUAUCUGGCAACCCUCACCUUGUAAAAACAAUAGCAUUGCUAAAAACUCAGGACCAUAUUUUCCACUCGGAACGCUAGGCGAAGGAGGAAGAAAGUGUCCUUUGAUAAUGCCUUCUCUAAAUAUUGUGUAACGUCCACUGUUUACAGUGGUCGCGCAAAAAUAAUUACGUACCGUGUGGUCCGGCGUAUAAAGUAUAUUCGGUAAGUCAGGAGAACUAACUAUCUCAAGGAAAACCUCAUGGUUAUCUCGUUAAAUUCGAAGUCGAUCUGUAGAUCUCGGGACUAUCUGAAUUGAUAUCUAGAAUUGGUUGAGACUCGGGAUAAGUAGUUUUGUCACAAUAAAACCAAAAUGAAUGAAACUUCUCGUAGGUUUAUUGCGUAAGAUGUAGUCGUGAAUUUUCCAGCUAUACCAAUGGAUAAACAUUGACAGAUUUCUCGUGAAACUGAUAAAGAUCGGCUUGGACAAUGGAAAACAUUUUCCACUUAUUCAAAUUUUAGAUAAAAAAUUGCGUAAUAUAGAAAGCGUUAAUGGUUUAGGAAGUAAAAUAUGAUUAAAUAUGCAAGUUCGGUGACGUAAUCCAAAUGACGGGGUUGAGUAGAGCUCAACUGAAGUCAAGAUUGAAUAAAAGUCAAGUUUACAACAGUGGUGAUAAAGGGUAGGGAUUUCAUAAGGCUUGGGGGAAUAAAAUCUACAAUUCAGAAGAAAAAAAUUAUGUAUUUGGUUUUUAAGGUAGAUCAGAUCCACUGUAGAUUUAACGACUGAACAAACUUCUUUUGUAUGCAGAGUUCAGGUUUUGAUCUGUGAAUUGUCAUUGCUUCAGCGGUUUGAAGAAGUUUAAUUACUACGCUUUUAUCAAGAUUUCCACGUAUUCUGUAGACGACUUUGAAAUGUGCUACCUCGGUAUCCCGUGAGAAUCUUGCUAAAUGAGUACUAAUCAAACUUCAGAAGCAAUCGAGAUUCACUUGUUAAAACCUGAAGUCUGCUUACAAAAAAAGUUUGUUCAGUCAUCUGCUGUGAAUUUCUACAUUGGAUCUGACGUAUCUUAGCACCAAAUACGUAAUUUUUGUUUCGUCUAUUUCUUGCUUGUUUGCUUCUCAAUUGUAUAAUAUCUCUACAACACAUUAGGAAAACGUAGUUUAUCUGGAACGUGUAAUGUAAUGUAUAUGCGCAACGCAUUUCGGACAUUCUGAUCACAUACGUACUUGUCACAUACAGUUAUACAGAAUUCUUGAAUCAUUGCAAUACAGGUCAGGGUCACAAAUAUUGGGCGGGGAGAUGACGCAAAGGUGUGGGUAAGAAAGAAAAAACAAAGAGGUAGGGUGGGGGGUGAAAAUAUCAUGGAGUAAAUUGAACCUUGAUUCUAAAUUGGAUUAUUGAAGCAGGUUUAAAGUAGUAGCAAAUAACUUUUCGACACACAACACAGGUUUGAGUUUUUUGUUGGCCAAGGUUUCAACGAAUUUGCUUAGGUGACCCAACCUUGUUUUAUAUAUGAGCUUGAAGGCAUUGUUGAAAGCAACCUCAUAACCCGUCUCUAUGAUGUGCCCCGCUAUAGUUAGUAUUCGAUAUCUAUUUCCGGAAUCAUCUGUAUCUGGCGAUUUUAUUUUUUUGUUGCAGCCACUUUGGACUUUUGUUCAAUCUUAGUUUUAGUUGAGCUCUACUCAGCCCCGUCAAUUAGAUUACGUCACCCACCUAGGUUAUUUAAUCUUAUUCUAGUUUCUAAUCUGAUACACUCUUUAUAUUAAGUAAUUUGUCAUCUAAAAUUCUAUACUUACUGCAUUCCUGAUUUCAAACUUAACUUAUAUAACAGUAGAAUUCUUCAAAUGAGAAGUCAGUAAGUUCAUCUCUGGUAGCAUGAAUGCUUUUUUGUCAGUUUCAGUUUAUUACCAAAUAUAGUUGUCCUAAUAAUGAUUCUAUAUAAAAAUAUUUUUAUGUUUUAUUCUACGCUAUUCUUUAUACAGUCGUGUAUAUUAAAGACCAACGGAUCCAUAUGGUUAUUUUUUGUUAUUUUUUACGUUCCCAGUAGGACAUAGGGCUCCAAACUAGAGGCUUAAAGUUUCUGUAGCGCUGGUAAUUAUUUUUACAGGAUAGGGUUGCUAGCCUCAUGUCCAACCUUCCCUCCUUACUAGUCUUAUUACUGCCUUAGCGAGGUGAAAGAGUGUUUCAUCGGCCUGGGAUCGAACCCCGCACCAUAUGUUGGGUCGGCAAGCACUAUACUGCUGUACCGCCGGCGCACGCAUUUAGUUAUACUUCUUCAUUAUCUUAAGGGGCCAAAAAGUCGCAUUAAAUCUUUGACUAAUGAUUUGAUUAGAUACGCAGGUGGUGGUUCUCCAGGUGCUUUAUGCUCAUAGUGCCGUAACUGAAUGCCUGCUAAAUUUGGGCUAUCGAUGUCACGUGCUGAAAAUCCCACACUUGUAUAAAAAAUACUGUGUGGAGUAAAAGUGCAAUAGAAAUAAGUGCAGUGUCGGCAAACUAUGCACGUGGUUCAGGGUUCGAAUCCCAGGCGGGUGGGCGUGGAGCUUGCAACCCUACCCCGUAAAAAAUAAAAGUCACUGCUAUUGAAACUUCAAAGCUAAAGCCUGAAGCCCUAUUUUCCACUCGGAACGCAUAGGAUUAGCAACAAAAUAUUUUUUACAAGGUUUACGUUGUAUUUGGGUAAUGUAUACAAAAUCAGCUAGUUCGAUAGGCUAUGAAAAUAUUUGGAUAGCGGAGCGAGAUUAUUAUUACUGUUCCCUUGCGUCCCUAGUGGAACAUAGGGCUUCAACUGCACGUCUCCAUUUGCUUCUGUCUUCUGCUGUACUUUUCGCCUGCAUCCAUGUCAGUCCAUAUUCUUUCAACUCCUCUUCACACGAUAUCCUCCAUGUCACCCCUGGAGGUCUCACUCGCCGCUUCCCUUUCGGGUUCCACUCGAGGGCUUGACGCGCGAUGUCACCCGGUGGCCUCCUCAGCGAGUGUCCAAUCCAUCUCCACUUUCUUCUGCAUAUUUGUUGGUUGGCGAUUGGUUCUUGUUUUGUUUUUUCCCGUGGUUUCUUGUUGGUGAUACUUUCCGGCCCGGCCAUCUGAUCUUCAGUAUAGAGCCAGCGAAGACAGUUGUUGAUAAAUGUCUGCAACAGGCUGUUGGAAAUAUUCUUCGUGACCCACCUGCCAAAUUUCUGAUCCGUAUAGGAGAACUGACUGACUUGACGUUUGUAUUGAAAAUCCGACUGAAUUUUGUUGUUGAUGCUGAGUGACGAAGAUUUCCAGAUUGUUUGUUUCAGGUUGAUGAAUGUGUUUCUCGCCUUCCCAAUUCUCUCUCGAUUUGACAUCCUCGUCCGUUCCUACUGCCUGUAGUUGAGACAAUGCUCCCUAGAUAAGUGAAUGAAGUAACUUCUUUCAAAUCCCUCCCGUUGAUGGUGAUUGACGUUGGAUGUUGUUGCUGUUGUUGGUUGGUUAUUUUCAUCACCUCCGUCUUAUCUUUGUUUACCUGGAUUCCUGUCUUUGCUGCUCUUCUUAGACCAGUUUGUCGGUUUUCGCUUGUAGGUCUUCGAUUGUGUGUGACAUCAAACAUAAAUCAUCCACGCGCGAAAUCCAGGUCUACUAGGUUCUUCACGUCGGUCCAGGAUAUCUCUGUCUUCUCGUUUCCCACUGUCUGACGCAUAAUCCAGUCAGUCCACCACAAUUAGGAAUAUCAUUGGUGAUAAUAAGCACCCUUGUCUGAUUUCUGUGUUUACUUGGCGUCAAUAGGAGCAUGAUUCCUCGCCAGUUCUUGCAGAGUCCUAAGUCGCUCUUCUUUGGUAGUUUCACGAGGUAACCUUUCGUCCACGCAGUAGGCACCUUUCCCUCCCUCCAGACCUGUUGCAAUAAUGGAGUCAGCAUGUUUGCUGUAGUCUCUGGGUCCGCUUUCAGUGCUUCAGGGGGUAUUCCAUCUGGUCCGGCUGCUUUUCCAGCUUUAAGAAGCUUGAUUGCAUUCAAGACUUCAGAUUUCGCUGGAGGAUUGGUGUCGACUUGCAGUUGUGUACGCGCUGUUGUUGGUAUUUCUGGACGGGUUGCAGGUGGUGGUCGCUUCAAGAGUCCUUUGAAGUGAUCCGCCCAUUGUUUAAUCUGUCUUUCUUCCUUGGUAAUUGGGUUCCCUUGGCUGUCUUUUAUAGGUUUCACUUGUGUUGAUCUCUUCCCGGAUAGAGAUUUGGUUAUCUGAUAUAAUGUCCUCAGGUCCCUUUUUCCUGCUGCCUUCUCAGCUUCAGUGGCAUGGUUGUCGUAGAAUCGUCUUUUGUCCUUCCUAGCACUCUUCCUGACUUCUUUGUCCAGUGCUGUGUAAGUUGAACUCAGCGUCUCCUUCUCUUGUCCAUCUUUGCAUUGAAUCAUUUUCUCUUUCACCAUUCUCCUCUCCUCUAUUAGCCUCCAAGUGUCUGUUGAGAGCCAUUCCUUGUCUUGUCUCUUCUUUCUUCCUAGAACCGUUGAACACGUUUCGUUGAGAAUCGCCUUCAGAGACUUCCAGUGGUCCUCCACACAUGAUUCUUCAGUGAUGUCACGUAGUGCUUCCUGCUGUGCUCUGACAGUUGCAGUGAAAGUGUCCUUUGUGGUUGUGUCCUUCAGUUUUUGAGUGUCGAACUUACAUUGUGGCCUAUCCCCAGCUAUCCUCGAGGCUUUUAGUUUCACCUUGAAAGUCCCU